AUGGUAUUGUGGGUCAUCACAAAAGUCAGGGCUCGGCUAGCCGAGAGCGCGUUCUGGAGAAUUGGAAGAUUUGUUAAAGUAGGGGAAGCUAUUGCCAAUGAAAACUGGGAUCUGAAAGAAGAAAUAAGUAUUGCCUGCAUCGAAGCUAAGCAAGCAGGUGAGACAAUCGCAGCUCUUACAGAUGUAACCAGCUUGAAUCAUCCAGAACCUGAUGGCCAGAUCACAGUUUUUACCGACAAGACGGGAGUCAUAAAGGCCGCACGAUUGCUCCUCUCUUCAGUGACAAAAGUACUGUUGCUGGCAGACCGUGUAGUUAUUAAGCAGAUAAUAGCGUCAAGAAAUAAGGUGCUCGCCACUAUGGAAAGGCUAGAGAAAGUGAACAGUUUUCAAGAGUUUGUCCAAAUAUUCAGUCAAUUUGGAAAUGAAAUGGUCGAGUUUGCUCACCUAACUGGAGAUAGACAAAAUGAUUUGAAAGAUGAAAAGAAAAAGGCAAAAAUGGCAGCAGCAAGGGCAGUUCUCGAAAAAUGUACAAUGAUGCUUCUCACAGCGUCCAAGACAUGCCUCAGGCAUCCUACCUGUGAAUCUGCCCAUAAAAACAAAGAAGGCGUGUUCAACCGAAUGAAAGUGGCCUUGGAUAAGGUCAUUGACAUUGUGACCGACUGUAAACCAAAUGGAGAGAAUGACAUUUCAUCUGCCAGUAUUUGUACCGGAAUUAAAGAAUUCAAGAUGAAUAUUGAAGCUCUUCGGGAGGCUUGUUAUUUCCAGUCCAAAGAGAACCUGUCUGCAAUGUUGGAAGUCAUCUUGGAGCACACAGAGAGCUUUACUGAUUCGGCCUACACCAGCCACAAGCACAGGGAACGCAUCUUGGAACUGGCCACCCAGACAAGGAUGGAACUACAGCAGUUAAUUUCUGUGUGGAUGCAAGCUCAAAGCAAGAAGACAAAAAGCAUCGCUGAAGAACUGGAACUCAGUAUCUUGAAAGUCACUCACAGCCUCAAUGAGCUUAAGAAAGAACUUCACAUUACAGCGACACAGCUAGCAGCAGACCUGCUGAGACACCAUGUGGAUCGUGAGGUUUUGAAAGCACUGAAGCUCACUGGGGUAGAAGGGAAUUUAGAAGCGCUGGCGGACUAUGCCUGUAAACUCUCUGAGCAGAAAGAACAGCUCAUUGAGACUUGCCGGUUGUUGCGACAUGUAUCUGGGACAGAACCGCUUGAAAUAACCUGUCUACACGCAGAAGAGACAUUUCAGGUGACAGGCCAACAGAUAAUUUCUGCUGCCGAAACGUUGACAUUACAUCCAUCUAGUAAAAUUGCUAAAGAAAACCUUGAUGUGUUUUGUGAAGCUUGGGAAUCCCAAAUGAGUGACAUGGCAACACUGCUAAGAGAAGUCAAUGAUGUGUUUGAAGGAAGGCGAGGGGAGAAGUAUGGCUACCUUUCACUUCCAAAGUCAAUGAAGAAUAAUGCUAACCUGAAAUCAUUAAAGUCAGACAAACCAGACUCUGAGGAGCAAGCCAGGAUAGCAAAGCUUGGGCUUAAACUCGGUUUGCUCACCUCCGACGCAGACUGUGAAAUUGAGAAGUGGGAAGAUCAGGAGAAUGAGAUUGUUCGCUAUGGACGGAAUAUGUCCAGAAUGGCCUAUUCCCUAUAUUUAUUUACCAGAGGAGAGGGGCCACUGAGAACUUCCCAGGAUUUAACUCUUCAACUAGAGGCUUUCGCUACAGAGGGCUUGAGGUUUGCAUCAAGUGUACAAGCUUUCUCCAAACAGCUGAAAGAUGAUGACAAGCUUAUGCUUCUCCUGGAAAUAAACAAGCUAAUUCCUGUGUGCCACCAAUUGCAAACAAUAACGAAGACACCGUUGCCGAAUAAAGUGUUUCUAAAGGUGGACAAGUGCAUCACAAAGGCGAGGUCCAUGAUGAGCAGCUUGAUCCAGCUUCUCUCACUCUGCUGUAGACUGCUGAAGAAGGUGGAAACCAGAUGGGCCUCAGUUACGAAUAAAGACACCGCGGAAGGUAAAACUUGAGAAGCUUUUGGGAUCCGAUCUCUGGAACUUCUUGCAGCAAACCUGACAUUUUUAGAAAGAAAAUGAUCCUUCACAAGAAUUUCAACAACUUUAUUAAGGAAACAAUAUUUUCUUGUCAGAAAACCAAUUGUGAAGCUUUUUGGUAGUUGCUGUUACUGUGUCUGCAGUGUGAUUUUAGUGAGACAUUGCCUCUGAGAGUGCUUUGUCAAAGCCACACCAAAUAUCGCCACCGUGUAGCCCAAAGAUGCUUUUCUGAGUAUGUUCACCUUCGACAUAAGCCUACCUUAGCAGUCUCCUUUCUUUACAUCCAUCCUCUAGAACAGAGGUUGGCAAACUUUUGAGACUGAAGAGCCAAUCCUGCCCCUCACAACAAUUUAGAAGUUAUUCAAGAGCCGUAAGUGUAUUUUUACAAACAAAUGAAAUCACUAUUAUCUGAAUAAUAUCACUAAAUUUUUUCCAUUUUACUUCGGAGCACAGGCUCUCAAGCUGCCGCGUGCCGGCCCUGCCCUACAGCACGGGUGUGCACUCGUCAACUGCAGGGCUUUCCGUACCCCUCUGCCCACCUACUGUGAAGAGGGUCCCCUGUUGCGCCUUCUGUCCGAUGAUGAUCCCUGCUGGUGGUCCCCGUGGUCCACAGCAGGGCCCUCGAGAACCAUGGGCUGUGCUGCCUGGUCCCCUGGAGGAGCUUCCCAGAGAUGCCGACCUUUAGCUCGUAGCUCUAGCACAGCUGGCUGGCCUGCCCUGAAUACUAGCUGGACUCCUAAGCCUAUGUGACUGGCUUAAAAAAAUACUUUUUGAAUUUUCCCUCUAGUAGUGGUUGAUGGAGUGGAAGAUGCAAAAGACUGAGAACUAUGGAACUAAGAAGCUGUUUAAAAUAAAUUCCGAGUAAUCAUUCAUCUUAUAUAAGUGGUUUUGUUUUGGAAUGUUCACUAUAAACAUGCUCCUUUAGAUGUUUUCAUAAUGAAAUGUAUGGCUGUUCUUGUUACGGGGUGGGUGCUUUGAAAUAUCUGGUUUAGAGUUUCUUUGUCAUAUCAUACGGUGAAUUUGUUUUGGACUUCAGUUACAUCAUGUUUCCAUGAGAGCAAGUAAAAAUGUAUUGCUACAAAAUCAUAGCCUCCUUUAUUAAACAAAAAUAACAAAAUGUGAA